AUGUUCAGUACUCAAAGCAGCGGUGACUUAGGGAGCUCCCAGAACCACGACAUAGCCAAAGUUCCUGACACAUCUUCCAUUCUUGACAGCGCAACAUCAGUAGUUAUCCCAACUAUAAUUAAAAAGAAAGGUGGAUUGAGAAUGUACAGCAAAAAACAGCAGUGCUUUUUUUGUGACGGUGCUUUUACAAAAAUUUCUAGACAUCUGGAACGAAAGCAUAGAAAUGAGGUAGAGGUAGCGAAAGCAUUAAGUCAUCCAAAGGGCUCAAAAGAAAGGAGGAUGCAACUGGAGUAUCUACGCAACAAAGGGAACUUUGCUUACAACAGUACUGUUAUUAAUACAGGUGCAGGACUGAUGAUUUCACGGAAACUGCCCAAAAAGAACCUGGAUGGGGAAAGUUUUAUGCACUGUAUUUACUGCAAAGGACUCUUCUUAAAGAAAACUCUGUGGCGACAUUUCAAGGUUUGCAAAUUCAGGCCUGGUGAUGAGAAGCCGAAACCUGGAAAAACCCGUGUCCAGGUUCUUUGUGGCUUUGCACAACCUCCCCCACCAGGAGUAACUCAUGGUGUUUGGAAGCUGUUAAAUUCCAUGAACCAGGACCAAGUGGCACUUGAAACUAGAAAUGACUGGUGCAUUUUAGAGUUAGGAAAGCAUCUUUACAACAAGUAUGGAUCAAGAGUUAAAAUGCAUGAACACAUCCGCCAAAAGAUGAGGGAGUUUGGAAGACUCCUAAUAUGUGCAAGAGAGGUAUCCCCCCUUACAUCUAUUAAAGAGCUCAUUCAUCCCUCAAACUUCAUGCAUACCAUCAAUGCAGUUAAAAGGGCUGCUGGCUACAAUGAAGAUACCAAUGUAUUUGAAAAGUCUAGUGUGGCUGUGAAACUUGGACAGAGUCUAGACAAAAAAGCAAUGCUCAUUGAGAGCCACUCUACUAUUAGUGGAGAUGAAGAGACAAAAGCUCGGCGAACACUGGAGGAAGCAAAAUGGAAUUCCCCACAAUUACUUCCAUUCACCGAAGAUGUUAAGCUCCUUCAUAUAUAUCUUGAUGAGCAAGAGAAGACCCCUCGCAAACUCUUGUUAUCGCAGCCGUCGUCUCAGCAAUGGGCAAAACUGGCCAAGAUUACGUUAACUCAGGUUAUGCUUUUCAAUCGUAGAUGAGAAGGGGAAGUGUCCCAGAUGCCGUUGUCUGCAUACAUCUCCAGCAACCAAACGGACGCUCAUCCAGAUAUUACCAUGGCCCUCACAUAUUUAUAAAACAAACUGUGUCAGUACUUCAGGCGUGUAGAAAUCCGAGGCAAAAGAGGCAGAAAGGUUCCCGUGCUUCUCACACCUUCCAUGCAAGAAUCAAUCAGCCUGCUUAUUGAAAAUCGGAGUAGGUGUGGAAUACCAAAUGAAAACCCUUUCCUUUUUGCACGUCCAUAUGCAAUGACGUUUUUCAGAGGCUCUGAUUGCAUUCGAGAAUUUGCUGUUGCAUGCGGCGCAAAAAAUCCUCAGACUCUUACUUCAACAAAGUUGAGGAAACAGAUCGGGACACUUUCUGAAGUUCUUAAUCUUAGCAACACCGAACUAGAUCAGUUGGCAGACUUUCUAGGCCAUGACAUUAGAGUUCAUCGUCAAUUUUACAGGUUACCCGAAGACACCCUCCAACUGGCUAAAAUCAGUAAAAUUUUACUGGCUCUUGAAAAAGGACGCUUGGCAGACUUUAAAGGGCAAAAUCUCAAUGAAAUCAACAUUGAUCCAGAAGAGGAAGUUACAGUGGACAGUGAUUUGGAGGAGUCCACUUCUAGUCUGAAAGGUAAUGAUUACAUAUUGUCAGUUUGUUCCAUUUAUGUUUGCCUAAUUAAUGGAACAUCGGAUACCCAUGUUUCUGUUGGCUGUAAAAGGUACAGUAGAUCUGUUUGGUUAGGCUAUCUGAAGAUCUUCAGGAUGCAUUGACAUAUACAUGGUUUAUGGUUUAAGACGGUAAAGGGAGGGGCUGAGGUAGUUAAAGAAGUAGGCCUGUAAGGACAGAGGCCCUUUCAAUUUAAGUAAAAGAAUAAAGCUGCAGAAAGCCUUCCGACAGUGCAUGGAGCAUUCACAUAAACACUUUCAUUGGUGCAGUGACCCAGAUUGGGACAGAUUUAUGGGGAUAAGUGUAAAGGAGACAGCAUUGCAACUGCUGGCAUUUGAAUAUUUACAAUAUUUAUAUUGUUUGAAUAUUUUGCUAACUUAACAUAAGUUGCUUAUAACAUAUAUUUGCCUGUAGAAUGUUGGGUAAAUCCCUCCCUGAUGCCUCAUAGGACCCAUUUUGCUACCCAAUUGACUUUUGGUCAGUUUGCACAUCCAUCUACCACGCCGGAUACCCAGAUUCAAGACCCGCUUGGGGAGUGGUUUCUGGUAUCAGAGGUGGAAGUCAUUAAUUACAAAUACUCAGAUUACUGUAAUUAAGUAGUUUUUUGGGAGUACUUGUACUUUUAUGAGUAGAUUUUCAAGCCUGUAUUUUUACUUGUAAUAUUCAUUAAUCCAUGUAAUCUACUAAGUUACUUUUAAAAUCAUAGUUGAGUACUGAGUACAAUUUUAAUUCAUAUCCAAACCUUUUAUCUGCAUUUUUGUAGCCAGUAAGGUGAUUUGAUAGCAAACAAGCCGAUGAAAACCGGGUCAUGAGGACGGAAAACAAAACAAAACAAAAAAAGGACGUUAAUGAUUGAUCUUUCAUUGAUUCUGAAUGAAGAAUUUAACCAGUUAAAAAUGUAUUCAUGGAUAUUUAAUCAAUAGUCGUGGCUCCUCAUGUAAUUUAGUUUUUUGUCUGCCGGAGACAUUUGCUUAAUAAGGAAAUACAAACUUAAAUGAGAAAAAAAUUAGGGAAAAACACUUGUUUUGCAUCUUAUCAAUUAUUAAUGAUUAAUAGAUUGUUGGCAUGUUAACUUCUGGUAAAGGAAAACACACAAUUUCCAGCCCUAGUCUGGAGAAGUGACGGUGACAUCAGUGGUUAAAAGUAACUAAUACUCUGAAUAUUUUCUUUUAAAUUUUUUUUUUUAGUUUUUUUUUUAUUUAUUUUUUUACAAACUGGACUUUUACUUGAGUAUUUCUCUAACACCGGUACUUUUACUCGUAAUUGAGUAAUAUUUUAGCAAUGCACUUAAUUGUACUUGACUACAGAUUUUCAGUACUCUCCACCACUGCCUGUUAUGCACAACAACACCUAAUUAGGCUAAUUCAUAAUGAAGCCAGCGAAGCAGUUAAGUCGUUUGUUAAUUCUCUCACAUAUCCUUUAAUUUACGAAUUUUACUGUAUUAAAUUGUUAUUUGGUCAGGCAGUUCGGACAUCUCUGGGGCCUGUAUAGAGACAGAGCGACACGCGUCAUAGUCUGAAGACCACGCCC